AUGGAAGUGAUGUCAUCGGACACCAACAAAGAACAUGAGAGCUUAACUUGUGGAGCGAUGUGUUUCAUUCCAAAACCCAUCAAAGUAACUGACUUACCCAAGAUUUACCAACUUGCUUUAAACUACAAGAGGAAUGGUAAGUCCGUAGUAUGGACCGAGAACAACCACAAGGACACAUAUGUUAGUGUUCCUCAGCAAAUCCAGUUGCUUUCUGAACAAGCUAAUGGCUUGAACACCAAGAAGAAGACGUGCUCAUCAAGAUCCAUGACCAGUACCAAUGGAAGUUGUGUUCGUGCCGAUAGUUCACGAAAAAGAAAAUCAAACGGUAGUUCUGGUGAUGAUGUUGAGUCUGUUUCGCAGCCCACCAAGAAGAAGAGUAAACUUACGUGGACAGAUGAGCUUCAGGACCUUUUCUUACAAGCUAUCAAACAUCUCACUCUUGAGAAGGCUGUGCCAAAGAAAAUCUUAGAGCACAUGAACGUACCAUACUUGACUAGAGAAAACGUCGCCAGCCAUUUACAGAAAUAUCGACAAUUCUUGAGGAAAGUAGCGGAACAAGGUUUGUUGAGUCUUUUGUCGAUACAGGAAAAAGACUCGAUUUUAUCUCAUGGUCCCAUAAGAGAGCCUCACUACAACUAUUGCACACCCUCCUCUACUUCUUGGUACGAAACAAGUCUUAACAAUAGAUUAUUCUAUUGUAAACCCGGACAAGGUCUUCUUGGACAGUCUAGACUCUUAUCCAACACACGUGAGCCCGUCCGGUUCAACCAAAUCCCUCACAAGUACAUGAACCAUUCAUCCACCAACGGACCACGUAGUAUUGGAUCAAACUUUACCCUUCCCAUCAAAACCAACCUCAACUUCUCUUACCAAGCAUCUCAAAACGUAGGCAGUACCUUUUUCGAACCAAGUUUGAUGGCGAACAAAACCGGCCAAUCAUCUCAAGUUCUUGGGUUUGGACAACAUGGUAAUAAUUUCAACAAUAACAUGAUGAGCAGCUAUGGAAGUUUAACUCCUAAUCAACCAGGACAUAGCCACUUCUCGUAUGGGGUGCAAUCGUUCUUAAACAAUGAGAAUUCUGCAUAUAAGACUCGAUCACAUGCCCAUGCAACUAGUCAGCCAACUUUUGAAGUUCCUCCACUAGAGAACCUAAACUUAUAUGAUGAUCUUGGCAAUACUAAUGAGCUUCCUUGCGAUACAAGUAACUUUCAGUUUGAUCACAACAAGCAACAAGGAGAAGUGGCUUCCACCACUAACUUUGACCUCCUUACAAAAUUUUCGAAUGAACUGAAUAAGAAUUUCCCUCUUGAAGAAGAUGGUGACUGGAACUGUGUUAACAUAAACCAGGGUCAUUCUAAUGUUGAAGCAUCCAACACUUUUGCUCCUCCAGAGACGACUUCUUCAAUUCCCAACAUGAACCCUAAUCAUGAUCAGGCACAAGAUGAUCCAGAUUUUAUCGACUGGUCGUUAUUUGAUCAGCAGGAUUUGGUUAACGAGUACGACGACUUCAUGGACUUCAAUUUAUUUUAG